CGAACAACGAAAGAGAGGGUGUCCCGUGGAGGCGGUCUCGGUCUUGUCAGGUAGGGACAAGGCGGCCGCCGGUAGAUCCCAUACUUGCAAGAUUUCAACAACUAGAAGAAGGUACAACAGGUAGUCAUCUUUCCAAAAGUCCGCCCAGGCCGUCGAGUGGUUCAACCGUGAUUGACGUGGGCGUGGGACACGAAGGUCAUGCUCCUUGUAAUCCAAAUGCGACAUGUAAUCCAAGAAGUACGACAUCAACAAUAUCAACAUCUUCAACGCCGAGCUUGAUUUCACCAAUGAGCUCAAUAUCAACGCCCACGUCAGCUUCCGGAGGCCCUCUCGUCACUGACUGCAACUUCUUUCAAGGCUGCGUCUUGCUCACUCCGAAGCAAGCGGAAAUGAUAGUCAGGUCUGGUGGUGUAGCACUUCCAUGGGAUCAAUAUUGUGGACAACACCCUUCUUCUCCUUCACACACCCAAGAAUAUGCUCAUGAUCCAACAUGUUGCUCCACUUCGCCAUUAGCGCAAGAGCAAGAAGGGGGAGUCAGACCACACCAACCGUUACAGCGGCUGCAAUUUCAUGCAGGUUCACCAGUAGGCGCAGUACCUGACUCAUCUACUCCCAGUAAUUCU